UGAGAAUGUAUCGUCGCCAGCAAUUCAGUUUCCUAACUUCCGUCCCAAGGUCCAUAUAAAUAUAAUUACACAGACCUUAUUCCCUCCCGCCUCUCCGCGCCCAGUCUGUGGUGCUGAGCUGCCUGGCGCCGCGGGAGACGGGCGGCUGGGGGGCCAAGGGUGGGCGGCGGCUGGUCGUGUUCAUCGACGACCUCCACCUGGCCUCCCACGACGACUACCAGGCACGACCCGUCCACGAGCUGGUGCGGGAGGCCAUGCAGAAGAAGAGCUGGUACGGCGUGGAUUCGACGGCAAGCGUGCCCCUGGAAGACAUCACGUGGAUCGGCGGCGCCUCCUUACACGCGGGCAGGGCUUCGGGCGGCGGGGGCGGCGGCGACGAGGAGAGGGCGCCCGACUUGCUGCACCCGCGAUGCCAGGCCGGCUUCAUGGCCAUCGCCGCCCACGCCCUCUCCAAGGACACCAUCGCCAGGGUCUUCACCACGCAGCUGAACGUCUUCCUCAGGGCCGGUGGCUUCGUGCCCGACGUGUUCACGGUAAUCCCGGGCGUCAUCUCAGGCACGAUGGGCGUCCUGGACCACGCCCAGACCGCCCUCCGCCCGACGCCCGCCAAGAGCCACUACACCUUCAGCCUCGCCACCGCCUCCCGCGUCGUCAACUCCAUCAGUUUCCUGAAGAAAGAGUCGAUGGAGACCAAGCGACACUUCGUCAGGGUGUGGGUUCACGAGGUGUACCGCGAGGUGUGCGACCGCCUGACGGAGGCCGCGGAGGUGACGGCGGUGUACCAGCUCCUCUUCCGAACCAUAAAGACCAGUUUCCGGGACAAGAUCCAUGUGAUUUUCGACAAAAUCUGCAAUGAGGAUGGAUCGGUGACGGAGGCGUGUCUGGAGCGCGUCUGCUGGGGCGUGAUGGGCAGCCUCGACACCCCGGCGGCGGAGAGGCGCUACGAGGAGCUGAUCGACGCCGCGCAGCUCCGGCAGACAAUCGCAGCCUUCGUCGAGGAGUACAACGGCCAGCACCAGACCAAGCUCAAUCUGGUCACCUUCAAGUACGUGGUACAGCACGUGUCGCGGAUCUGCAGAAUCCUUGGGCGUGCGGGCGGCCAUAUGAUGCUCGUGGGCUUGGGCGGGUCUGGGCGUCGCUCCCUCACCCACCUCGCCGCCCACAUCUGCGGCCAUCGACUGGUCCACCCGCGCAUCGUAGCCAGAGACGGCUACAGCGACCUCCGGCGAGUGUUGAAGGACGCCCUCAUCACAGCGGGCGUGGAGGAGAAGGCCACGGUCGUCCUGGUGGGAGAUGAGGUCCUGCAGCAUCCUUCCGUCCUGCAUCUCCUCAAUACUCUCAUCUUAACGGGAGAUGUGCCCAACCUCCUCUCGCCCGAAGACCAUAGUUAUCUGUUGGAGCGCCUCCGUCUGUACGCCGAGGACCGGGGCGUGACGGAGGCCGACCUGUGGCACGAGCAGGCGCAGCGCGUGGCGGACCUGGUGCAUGUGGUCAUCACGGCGCCGCCCACGCCCGAACUGAGGCAUGUGUUCGCCAGCUACCCCGCCCUCACCACCCACAUCACGGUCGACUAUUUCAAGCCGUGGCCGCGAGAGGCGCUGGUGAAGGUGGGCGAGCACUACCUGGAGGCGGUCCCGCUCAGGAGGUCGAUCAAGGACGCCGUUAUAUCCGCCGCCACCGCCACGCACCAGACGGCCAGGCGCGUGUCGGAGGACAUACUGACGGAAGGCAAGUGGUGCCCCCAAGUCACUCCGGCGAGCUACCUCCACCUUCUGCAGGAGUUCCGCGCCCUCUUCACCGCUCGUCAGACGCAGGUCACCGCCGUCAAGAAGAAGUACCUGUCAGGUCUCGACAAACUGGCCUUCGCCGCCUCCCAGAUCUCGGUCAUGCAGGAGAUGCUGGCCUCCCUUGGGCCGCAGAUCGAGGAGGCCACCCAAGACGUCAGCAAGAUGAUGGAGAUCAUAGAGCAGGAGUCUUUAGAAGUGGAAGAGAGGAGGAAACUAGUGUCGGCGGAGGAGGAGGAGGCCGGAGUGCACGCAGCGAAUGCCAGGGCCCUGCAGGAGGAGUGCCAGGCAGAGCUCAACCAGGCAAUGCCAGCGUUGCACGAGGCCGUGGAGUCUCUGAACACGCUCAAGCCAGCGGACAUCACGGUGGUCAAGAGCAUGAAGAAUCCUCCGCAGGCCAUCAAGCUCGUCAUGGCGGCCGUGUGCGUCAUGCUCGAGAUCAAGCCGGAGAAGAUGAAGAACAGCAGUGGGAAGACGAUCUUCGAGUACUGGGGCCCGAGCAAGCGCCUGCUGGGAGACAUGAGCUUCCUGCAGCAGCUGAAGGAUUACGACAAGGACAACAUCCCCGAGGCCGUGAUGGACAAGAUCAACAAGGAGUACGUUCGACUGCCGGAGUUCGACCCCGUCUCGGUGGCCAAGGCUUCCAGCGCGGCGGAGGGCCUGUGCAAGUGGGUGCGGGCCAUGGCCUCCUACAACGCCAUCGCCAAGAUCGUGGCGCCCAAGAGGGAGCGUCUGGCGGAGGCGGAGGAGGAGGUGAGGGAGCGGAUGGGCAUCGUGGAGGGCAAGAGGAACGAGUUGCGACAGCUGGAGGAGAAGUUGGAGAACCUCCAGCGAAGGUUCUCUCUCUCCUGCCGUGAGAAGGAGAAGCUGGAGAACGAGCAGAAGCUGUGCGGACUCAAGCUGGAGAGAGCGAGGAAACUCAUAAGUGGCCUGGGCGGCGAGCGGUCCCGGUGGGAGGGCGCGGCCGAAACCGCCGGAGCCGAGCUACUGCGCCUGCCCGGAGACACCUUGCUGGCCGCCGCGUCACUCGCCUACCUGCCGCCCCACCAGCCGGAAGUCAGGGAGCGCGUGCUAGCCGAGUGGAGCCAGGCCGUGGUGGAGGCGGAGCUCGAGGUGACCACGCCCUUCAGCCUGGUGGACAUCCUGACCCCGCCCCUGCACGUGAGGGCGUGGGGGCUCGAGGGACUGCCCACCGACGCCUUCUCGCUCCAGAACGCCACGGCAAUCAAGCACACCGUCAAAUGGCCGUACUUGGUGGACCCGGACGAGCAAGGGACGCGCUGGCUGCAGCUCCACGAGGCCGCCAAUGAACUAGUGGUUCUUCGCGAGCAGGAUUUCAACGCCCCGCCUCCGAUGGGUAUGGUGGCCCAGAAACGCUGCUGGAGGACGCGCUGCCUGCUGUCUCCAAGGGGCCGCGGUUCUCGCUGA